AUGUCGUCAAAAGAGGUUUUGGACAACGCAGAGUGUAUUCAAUUGGUACGACUUUGCAGUGACGUUCACCUUCAGUGUCGGACAUGUAUAGCUAUAGUGGAUACAAAAGUUUCAUGGACACCAAGCUUCGGGAUAUCAGAUUCCACAGUCCGCUCACUGAGGAAGCUGAACGCACUUCUGGAUUCCGGUAUCGUGGAUUCCCUGAAACAGCUGUACGGAUUGGCACCGGACUAUGAUUUCAGGGAGUUACGUGCCAACGGAAUACGAAGUUUUUUACUUCUCACCACGCGAUGCCUGGCAUCGCUACUAACCUAUCUUCGGAGUCUGAACACUUACUCGGUCUCCACAUGGUCCGGAAAAACUGAACGCUUGGUUUGUGCCUACAUUGAUUGCUUCAAGGAGCUUCACACCUGCAUCAACCUACUUUGUACUAUUCCACGGUUCUGUGAUCACGGUACUCUCUUUCCCCGCUCCGUCUUCUCUGGUCUCCCUGAAGUCGGAAGGUGUGACAUGGGGCCGUUAUCAGGUGCUCAGGUGCACUUAGAAGUGACCGACGAGAACGACCAACCGCCAUCUUCACAGGCGAGGAACCAGGAGGAUCCAGAAUUGGCCCGAGAAUUGAUGUAUUUCAAAAACUUGCAAACUCGAUUUGACCGAAUCAAGCAAGAGUACUUUUACGGGAGAUGUCUUGGUUUUUACUUCUGUCCCAGUGCUCAACGAAUCCUACUCCUGCUUGGCUCCUUUAUGGCCGGUUAUGGUUUCUCCAAAUCAAUCUUCAAGCCUCGUAGCCCAGACUAUCCGGCCGCCUUCAAUGUCCGCACUCUGAAGCAAGCAGGACAACAAGCUGCUCUUGCACCCACACUGGACUCGCUUGGCAUUGAUGUGUGCUGUGUCUCAAAAACGAGAAUUCAAGAUUCAAGCACAGUGAUUGAGUUAACCGCCCCGUCAGUCUCCACUCGCCUCCGGCUGCGCACCUCUGGUGAUCCAGAGACUGCUGCGGUGGGAUGUGCAGGGGUUGGUAUUGUGCUAAGUCACCGGGCGGAAGUAUCCUUACUUGACUGGAUACCUGUUGAUAGUCGCCUCUGUGCGGUUCGUCUGGCAACGUCUGUGAAGGAGUCUCACAAGCGGCAAGUUGAUAGAUGUCUGUUUAUCGUGUCUGCCUAUGCCCCAACUGAUUGUAGCUCUGACACCGUCAAAGACGGGUUUUACGACGCCCUGAAUGCUCUGCUGCGGCGAGCUAAAAGCUCAGACACUGUGGUGGUUGCCGGAGAUAUGAAUGCGCAAGUGGGCAGGCUCAGUGCAUCUGAGACUCAAUUAGGAGGUGAUGUAGAACCGUGGACGGUGAACGUUCAACCACCUAUGGCCUCGGAGGUUUACGACUGCAUAUGUUCUCUCAAACGCCACCGAGCUUCUGGUCCGGAUGACCUCACACCCGCAUUGUUCAAAGACAGAGACGAAAUCCUGAGUCAACGCUUGUCUGAUUUGUUUGCUUGCAUCUGGGUAAAAGAGCCUGUCCCAGACAACUGGGAAGGGUCGGUGAUCAAAAAAGGGGCGCGUAGCGCAUUUGACUCGGCUGAUCGGUCUGUUCUUCUUGACACGAUUGCCGAUCAAGGAAUGUUCCGAAAAUUUGUAAACAUAAUAAAUUCUUUGUAUUCUCAUACUUCCGGACGUGUGGGAGUAUACGGAGAGCUCUCCGGAAGCUUCCGUACACACAGUGGUGUCCGUCAGGGAUCUCCACUCUCUCCAUUCCUUUUUAACUUCGUGAUCGAUGAGAAUGAGACGAAGGAAAGUAAACAAGGACUUUCGAAUUUCGUCUUCACCAUCUAUCGCUCCGUUUCCUCCUUUCUAUCACCCGAAGAGCGUGGAAUGCUCAUAGCCAAACUAACGAGGAAUUCAAAUGUAAACUUUUGCAAAGCACUUUGGAGCUUCGCCGAACACCCUCUGAUCACAGGUGGUCCAAACGUGAUCUUGCCAGCCAUGUCAGUCGUUCAUUCUUUCGAAUUAAUGCCACGAAAGCUUCGUGUACCAUUUAGAUUGGAACAUACUUCAGCACCUUUGAAUGGGAACGAAACUAUGAAACGUCCUCAACGUUUUGUUACGAUCAACUAUCCAGUAGCACACUUUGGUCCAGAACCUGUUUCUGUGCGUCUCCUCAGUUAUCGGUCACGUCCAGGAAUGGAAUGGGCACAACAACAUUUACUGACCAGCAUCCUCCAGUCGACGAAUCUGGCAUCUAAACCGAAUGAUCUAGAUAUUCCGGAUUCUCAGGUUUUGCACCAGUCACCUCGGCGUUCCUGUUCUUCGCAAACCCUUGGUGCAAUCAGAAACCCUGUUCCGUCGCAGUUGGAUGGGUUAACUAACUCACCUGAACCGGAGUCGUCGACCGACAGCAGCAGUUCCAACCUAUCUCCCUAUCUUCUCUUCCACAUUCAUGGCGGCGGUUUUGUUGCACUGAAAUCACAGUCUCAAGAUAUAUUUCUUCGACAAUGGGCUGAGUUCCUCGACUGCCCCAUAUUUUCUGUUGACUAUUCGCUUGCUCCGAAAGCCCCGUAUCCUCGUGCACUGGAGGAAUGCUAUUUUGCUUAUUGUUGGGCCUCUCUAAAUCGGACACGGUUGGGAGCCCAGCCAAACGCCCGAAUAGUUCUCUGCGGAGAUUCUGCUGGCGGCAAUCUCGUCCUUGGACUAUGUCUUCGACUAGCCUAUACGGGAAUUCAUCCACUACCUCACGGGGCACUCGUUGCAUAUGCUCCAGUACUUGUAUCUUUCACUCCUAGCCCGGCCAGGAUGCUAUCGUUGAUGGAUCCUUUAUUGCCAAUCGGAAUUUUAUCCAAGUGCCUUUUAGAGUGGAUUAGUGCUAAAUUUCAUGAUCCAUCCUUUCACGCAGCCUAUGCUGGUGUUGAUGAGAAACGACUAAAUCCAGACCCUACUGCUCCUCUGCAUGAUGCGGUGGAUACUACUUCCCAGCGCACACGUUCUUCGCUUUCCGGAUACCUGUGGAAUCGUUUUGUGCCCAGACUGUGGUUGGGUAGCUCUGCAACUCCUGACGAAAACCUUCAAUCCACCUCCUCAGAACAAAGUGGAGCAAAGCGAUACCAUAAUCGUCCUCGAACUAGGUUCUCUGUUCCAGUUGGUUUGUCUGAAAUGUGCAGGCCUAUGGGGAAUGGAAGUGCGCCCUGUACUCAGAAAAAUGAUCCUUCUGUUCCUUCAGAAAACGCUUCCGAACCACGGUCGACCCCUGUAUUCACCUUACCGGAUUUCGAGAAUGAAUCAUCGUGUCGCGAGUCUUCGUUGGGUGUCAGUCUUCCUACACAAUGUCGUCUGUCGCCGAGUUUCAAUCUACAUGAUGAACAAGUGCUGCACAUGAAACGCGAAUUACCCAGUGAUUUGGACAGGGUUCGGUAUAUCUCAUUCAACCAAGACUCCUUUAUGUCCCCUUACUUGGCCUCGGAUGACCUUCUUCGUCAGCUACCUCCACUUGGGAUUGUGUGCUCCAACUUCGACCCGUUCCUGGACGACUGUCUCGAGCUGGCUAAGCGUGCUUCCCGUCUCGGUGUCUCCGUAGACAUGCGAGUUGUCGACGAUCUACCUCAUGCGUUUUUAAACUUUGCUCCCCUUGGUCCGGAAUUCCAGUACGCCAACAAAGUUUGUAUGAACAUGCUCAAGAGCUUGUUUGAACGUGAUCCUGAAAACCCCUGUAGUCCCAAUUCAUCUUCCGAAUCCUCCUCACCUGCUGGAAUGAGCAAAUAUCACUCAUUUGAUGAGGACUUUGUUGCGGAAUGACACAUGCGCGCCGUUGUCUCCCUGUUUCGGAUCAACCAAAGCAGGACAAUGUUAUGUGCAUAUUAUCACCACUGGACGAGUGAACUAUGCUCACUAUAUUUCUCCAUGUGUAAAAAGUCACUUUAAGCUACUGGUGAUCAACCGUUUACAUUUUCUAACAGUCUUUCAUUAUAACACAGUUUAUUAUCCGUUUCUACCCACUUCCUACUGCAUCUCUAGCGGAUUUCGGUUCGUUUAAAAGCAACUUUGUACUUCAUGAGAUUUAUUUUAUCCUUCACUCGCUUUCCGUGGUUUUGCCAGAUUAUCAAAACACGUUCAGCAAACUCUGAAUAUAAUUC